UUCUUGAAGGUGUAAUUGAAGUACACUAACUGCACAUGUUUUAAAGUAUACAAAUUGCUGGAUGGAUAUAUACCUUUGGAACCAUCACCACACUCAAGGGUAAAGGCAGCAGUAAUGCUGACACUGGCGAGCAAACUGAAGCGGGAUGAUGGUCUCAAAGGGUCCCGGACGUCAGCCACAGCCUCUGACUCCACUCGGAGGGUGUCUGUGAGAGACAGGCUGCUCGUUAAAGAGGUUGCAGAACUUGAAGCUAACUUACCUUGUACAUGUAAAGUGCAUUUUCCUGAUCCAAACAAGCUUCAUUGCUUUCAGCUAACUGUAAGCCCAGAAUUUUUUGUUUUGUUUUGUGUUUUUUUGAUAGAUGAGGGUUACUACCAGGGUGGAAAAUUUCAGUUUGAAACAGAAGUUCCUGAUGCAUACAACAUGGUGCCACCCAAAGUGAGAUGCUUGACCAGGAUCUGGCACCCCAACAUCACAGAGACGGGCGAGAUAUGUCUGAGUUUACUGAGGGAACAUUCGAUCGAUGGCACUGGCUGGGCUCCCACGAGGACAUUAAAGGAUGUUGUUUGGGGAUUAAACUCUUUGUUUACUGAUCUUCUGAACUUCGAUGACCCACUGAAUAUCGAGGCUGCAGAGCAUCACCUGAGGGACAAGGAGGACUUCCGGAACAAAGUGGAAGACUACAUUAAGCGGUACGCCAGAUGAUAGGAGGGGCGCCUGCAGCGCGGACUGUGCUAGAGGGUCGUCUUCAGCUCUCGAGGGGGCCUCCAUCCCAGUCCUCGCGCUCCCGCAGACCCACUGGCUCUGCUGGGUCCUGUGACAUGUCCUGCGGAGGAACCUCUUCAUGACUGCCCAUUGUAGACAGAGAGUUCCGCAUAAAUACAGCAAGAAAAUGAGUUUGGGCUCUAAAGAGUUGUCUGCUUACCUUAACAUGUUUACUUUGUGAACCUGUACUGUAUAGGCUGAGGAAAUGCUUGAGAAGUUGUAAUGAACUCAGAAUCGGAGCUUGCUUCUUACCUUCCCCCAAAUCACUUCCCUGCACAGCAAUGCCAAUGACCUGCCAAGAACUGGCAGGUGGGCGGUCCCAAGCCCGCUGCAAACUGUGAUUGGAUGCGCAGUCUCUUAUCUCCUCCCACGAAUGUCAGCCCUGCCUCAGUGUCUGAGGCUUCCCAGAAUGCAGUCAUUCACUGUAGAUCUCUUACUGAAAUGCGUAUUUUAUUUAAUGUAAGUAUAUUUUGGAACAGAUUUGUAAUUUGUACAAUUUAAUGCUUUAAUUAUUUUUUUCUAUUCUCCUUUAGUUUGUAUUUUCAUUGUAUAGAGCAGACAGAAAGAUGUUGGGUCAAGCAAUUAUUGAAGAGAAAUACAAAGAAAAUAUGAAAGACAUUAUUCAUUCUGUCCAA